CUUCUACAAGCACGAAGCAGGCAGGAGAAGCUCGAAACCAAAAUGGAAGGAAGCAUCUCACUGCUUUGUCUACGUACAUCUUUCAGUUGCAAUCACUUGUCCGGUUGCUCACCGGGUGCUUACCGUUCCUCGGUAUAUAGUUUGUUCGAGACGCUCCGGCCGGCGAGCUUCAUAUCCUUUCCGACGGAAACCAGGCGGUCUUCGUCUGUACGGCUGUUUCUUCCUCCGACUAGAGGCUCUAUCCGGACUCCGGAGCUCACUGCGGAGGAGGCGGAGGCGGCGGAGAGAGUGAGAGAUGUUCCAAUGCCGAAAAUUGAUAAGAGCGGCCGGUUUUGCAGCCCCCGUGCCGCCCGCGAGCUGGCUCUAUUAAUACUUUAUGCUGCAUGUCUAGAAGGCUCAGACCCAAUUCGUCUAUUCGAGAAGCGAGUAAAUGCAAGAAGAGAACCUGGAUAUGAGUUUGACAAAGCUUCUCUGCUUGAAUACAACCACAUGAGCUUUGGGGGACCUCCAGUUAAAACUGAAACAAAUGAAGAGGCAGAUGAGCUCGUUCGCAAUGACGAAAAAGAAUCUACAAUUGAGGCAGAAGUUCUUUUAGCUCCCCCAAAGUUGGUAUACAGCAAACUAGUUUUACGGCUUGCAAGGAAACUCUUGGCUGCAGUUGUUGAUAAGUGGGAUAGUCACAUUGUUGUCAUCGACAAAGUUGCUCCGUCAAAUUGGAAGAAUGCACCUGCUGGAAGAAUACUUGAGCUUUCAGUUCUCCAUCUAGCCAUGUCUGAAAUAGCAGUUGUUGGAACUCGACAUCCAAUUGUCAUAAACGAGGCCGUAGAUCUUGCGAAAAGAUUCUGUGACGGGUCAGCCCCAAGGAUAAUCAACGGAUGUCUAAGGACCUUUGUCAAAGACUUCACAGGAGGAGGAGGAGUGGCCUCCACACCUCCCCAAGCUUCGGAAUCCAAGCAAGAAGUGUCGGUUUAAAAUUACGACAAAGGCAUUCUUCUCGAGACAAAUCUCGCUUGUUCUUAUAUAUCCAAGGCGAGAGAGCCUAUCUAUGUUCAGAGUCAGACCCAGUUGUUUCAUGAAACUCUGUCCAAAAGGUUCUUGGUCCCUUUUUUGACAUUCAAUUUCAGGUAAGAAGAAGCUUUGCCACCUGAGGAUGAAUCUGUCAGGCUGCGGAUUUCUCAUCAGCCUCAUUCUCUUUUUUGUUUUUGUUCCUUUUUUUUUUUUGUGUGGCUAAGAACAGAUGAGCAAGUAUGUCUAUAUUGCACCUAUAAUGUGAAUUUAGUGUUUAUGGUUCUGACUUUUGUGAUUUGUAUCCACUUUCUUAUGUUAACAUCAGUUCUUGUUCU